AGAAGAGACGUGAACCAUUGGUUGCUCCCUUUAGAGAAAAUGUAAAAUGCUGAGUUCACAUAAGGAAACAAAAGAACACAACUUGGGAAAGAACACUUUAAAUUGGGAUUAAUCUCUGUUUCUGUUUUGUCUUCCUAGGGAGCUAAUGCCACCGCAGCCACCACUGCCACCGCCACCGCCACCACCACCACCAGCAGAAGCUGAAGCUCUGGCUCCAGCUCCGCCUCUGGCUCCGCCUCCAGCUCCGGCUCCAGCUCCAGCUCCGGCUCCAGAACCUGUGAAAAAGGCCAGUUCGAAGAAGCUGUCUGAAAAAGAGACUCCAACAAGUGAAACCUCUCCAAAGACGGAGUCUGAAAAAGAGAGCCCAACUAGUGAAACCUCUCCAAAGACAGAGGCUUCAGGAACAGAAGAAGAAGGGACUGAAGGCACUUCAAAGAAGGGGUGAGUAGCUUCAGUGUGCAAGUCGGGAUUAUGUAUCUCUAAGACUUUUGAAGUGGUUCAGAAUGCAUUUGCGGAUUCACAUUUAUAGAAUACUUAAUG